GAUGACAUUUUGUAUAAUCAUUCCCGAAUCGGCACAGUGCUAGUGCACAAUCUUAUUGAUUUGUAAAUAUGCCACAAGACACCUACUUCCGUCGUGCAAUCAAUUGGAUGUACGGCGAUGAUGCUUACCUCCAAAAUCUGCCGACAAAAGAUGUGGGUGAGAAGCAUAUCAACGAGCUUCUAGGACGGCAUCCGUACCACCCGUACGACCCAGACAUGAAGCCAGACCAUCCGUGCUACGAGCUAAAUAGUCUUUUUUACGAAUGCAUGGAGGCGGAUCACGUCGAGGGUUACGAGGUGUAUCAGAAGCACGUCGCCUGUUAUUUUCCCUACAAGGUAGACCUGAUGAAAUGCCAUGCGAAAGAGAAGCGGCGGCUGCGCUUAGCAGCGGAGGGGUCCGAAGCAGAAAGCGUGAAGAAGUCAUAGAAAAGGCCACAGAUCUUUUCCUGCGGACAAGAGAAAAUGCCUCUUCUGCUCUCUUCAAAACUUAUUGCUCACAAAUCGUUUUUUCUUUGAGUCUCGUGAAUGACGCAGCAGGGAUGAUCUUGGCGUUGAUCGUGUUCGCUUUACAUGCUUAUGCUAUCUCUGUUUUUCCUGACGCAUU